CGUGGCGGGCUCGGGGCGAGUGUCGGGCCCGCUGGCUCCUGGGCCGCGGGGCAUCCGCGCCGGGGCCGGAGGUGCUGGCUGCAGCUCACAGCCCCCCAAACCUGGGGGAUGAAGUGACCCUGCAGGGCUCCGUGUGCGCGUUCUGCUUUUUCUUCUGGCUGCUGGACACUCCUCUGCCUCCCGGCCGCUCUCCCGGUUCCUUUCUGCCCGCGGAAUCCGGCCUUGCGUUUCAUCGCAAAGUCAAGCCCAGAAGAGGAGUCCCCCUGACCUGUUUCAGAGCCCUUUCAAAUCCCAAAGAACAGGAUAGAGGACUGUCCCCAGCCAGAACACUCCUUAGGGUAGAGGACGAGGAUUUCUGGUCUGAAGCAGAGGGUGAAGGGAGCUGCUGUCCCUGAAGCCAUUAUGGAACAGAUCAAUGGACCUCUUCAGAUGGAGCAUGCAUUGCUGUUCAGCUUCCUGGAGGUAUCCUCUGACUGUAAGUUCAAAGACCAGCUGCAUUCCCUGCAAAGCCAGCAGAUCAUGUUGUACCAAGGGAGCGAUGAUGACGAGCUGCAGACCGAUGGCAAUCGCAGUGGCCACUUCCGGAAUGGUGACGUAGGGUUGGCUCCAACAAAUGAAGAGGUUAUCCGGAUCAUUGCUGCUCAGCUCGCCGAGAUUGGAGACCAGUUGGAUAAAGAAAUCCAAGAAAGAGUAGUAAAUGGCCUAGUGCAGCAUUUUAUGAAUGAGAAUCUGUCUAAUGAGGAGAUAACCCGGCACAUGUCCCGGGUAGUGAGAGAGCUCAUACAAGCCAUCCCCUCAGACAUGGAACAGGAGAAGGCCAUGUUGGUGCUAGCAAUGGUGUUGACUAAGAAAAUUGUGAAUACAGUGCCUUUCCUUCUGCGCCGUGUCUUCGACACCACUGUGAACUACAUGAACCGGCAGUUCCACAACUACAUUGUUGAUAUGCUGGGUGAGUGAGCUCUCCAGGCCUGUGUAGAGCAUGCGAAUUAAUGAAGACUGUCGCUGAUGGAUGAAGAUUAUGUUAUUUUCCCCUAACUUUUGAUAUACAGCUGUGAAAAGGAUGGCAGAGCUUCAUAGAUAGGCUUUUGUAGACUAGCACAGCAGUAAUAGUAGUGUGAGCUGCCUGCCAGCUCUGCCAGUACCUGUAGGGAGUAGUGCCUGCCUCUUUCCUUUCACAGUAUUUUUUAAUUUAGCAGCAGCAGAUUUUGUGCAGAGCCUGCCUUGUGCCUCCACAGGCCCAGUGGGCACAGGGCCUGUCCUCUGUGGUUUUUCUAAGCAUCUGUAGUAUUUUGCUUUAGUUAUUCACUUCCCAGCCCUGCUCCUGCAGCUGAGCCGUGCUGAAUGUUGUUCCCAGGAAGGCCUCAGGCUAUGGAAUGGGUGGUUCAUCAGCGAGGGUGGGUGGGAAUCAGGUUUAUUUUGAUGAGAAGCUGGAAGCAAGAGGGAACAGAUCCCUGAGGGCUAAGGGUGGGGUGUGCCCAGAGAAGGGUGACACCAGGAUACUUCAGUAUCAAUCACCAUCCUCCUCUGUUUCCUUGAAAAAUAAAACUGACAGAAAAAAAUGUAAAGAAAAGGGUGAGGUAGGCACAGGGAAAGUUUUUUGAGAAUGCAACCUGAAUAUGCUUAAGAAAAAGUAGCAUAUUUUGUAGUCUCAGGCCGAACAAACUUGGACUCAGGUUGUUUGAUACAUAAUUAGACAAGGUGACAAAUGUGUCACCUGUGAUCCAGCUGCCUCAGGAUUUUUCCAAGUAUGUAAAUAUUUUGUAGGGUUUUUUUAACUUAAAUAAAAAUUUCAUUCCUGAUGGCUACUACA